AUGGCGUUGUUCCUAGUGCUGACACUUGCCAUAUUCCCGUCGACUGUCCAUGGCGAGCGAUACCCGAGCGUGACGGCGGCAUGCUCCAGUGCGUCGACUCGUGCCGCGUCCGAGUGUUCCGUGCCGUCGACGCCGUUGACUGUGUGGACCCCUCCAUCCCCCUCAGGUCUCUUGUACUGGGCUACCCUCGUCGGCGACUGGACAUGGUCGCUCCUCAACCACACGCGCGGCCUCUCGGACGACUGGUACCGCAAUGCGCUGCGCAGUUUGGUCGUGGCCAAAUGCGUGCACGACUUGCCGUCCUCGUCACGAUGUGUGUCAGUCGACAGCGACGUCGCCGCCAAUGCCUCGUGCGUUCGCCUACUCGACCCUGGCAAUUGCUACGACCAAGCCCUCUGCGAACGCGUCGAGUCUUGCCGCUGGAUGCCUCCAUCUGCCUCCUCCACAGCCUCCCGCGGCAUGUACUUUACCGAUGCCGAAGGAGACGCUGCCACGCUGUGGGCCACAGAGACGUACCCGACCUCCGUCGCGCCAUACGCGCUCCUCGGCCUUGUCUUGGCCGCCGUCGUCCUCAUCUCCAUCCUCGUGUUUGUCGUCAUGCGCUUUGGCUGCGACAGGUGCUACGGCACCACCCCCCUCCGCAAGGGCUACACCACCGUGGACCGAUGGCUGCCCAUCUCCGCCGUCGUCGUGUCCACCGGGAUGCUGGUGGGCCUGGGGCUCCUCGUGUUCCUCCUUAGCCCCGCCUACCUCCGCGGCAUCAACCAGACGCUGGACACGAUCCAAGCAACUGCCACGUCCGUCCUGCAGAUCCAGAUCGACCUCUCCCGUCCGUUAGCCGACCUCACCGCGUCCGUCCGGUUAGCUCUCAUCGAUUCGGCGUCUACAUCUUUGUUAGCCCACCCCGACCGCAUGCUACCCAACGUCUCCCAAGCAGCUCAUACAUUUAUCAAUCAGUAUGCUCCUUCUACAGUCGGAGGCUUUCCCUCUUAUGCGUGCCAGCCGCACAAUUCGUCUGCUGCUGCACUUCCACCCUAUGCAUCUGCCUCCAACAUGCCGUGUAUUCCAUGCCCCGAUGCCGUCUGCGCCGACGCCCCCCGUCAACUCGAUGCGAUUCUGAUGCCUCUGAUUGCUGCAUCAGACGAAGUGCAAUCAUUGGCCCAGUGGACAUUCAAUCAAGUCGAUGUCGCAGAUGCGGAUGGGGCGGACGAAGCGCUAGCGGCGCUGUCGGCGCUCGGGUCGGCCGCGGCCAUGUUUGCCGCCUCCACGUACCCCCGCCUCCAAUACAUUCUCGGUCACAUCCAACUCGGCGGGUUCGGCGCUGUGCUCGCCAUGUUCGUUGUCGCCAUGACGUCAUCCGUGUUGGCGCUGAUGGGGAUCGUGCACGGCCUGCGGUCGCCCACAAGCGGCUGUCUGUACGUGCUCCAUGUGAGUUGGAUCCUCGCGGUCGUAUUUGCCGUCGUCGGGUUCGCAGCGUCCGGGGUCCUGCUCGCCGCGUCGGUCGUCGGCAACGACAUGUGCAUGUACCUGACGGUGGUGCUACAAAAUCCCGACCCGUUUCUCCCUCGGCCCGCCGCCGCCCUUGUCCGGAGCUGUUCUACUCCACUGACUACGACUGCAGCAGACGACGUGGCACGCGCGCUCGUCGGGCUCCACUUAGAUCACAUCACAAGACUCGGGUGUGUGCUGCACACGGGCCUGCUCGCGUCGAAUGCGUCCGUUCACAACAGCCUCGCCCAAACUAACGCGGCGGCGCAACGCUACGCUGACCAACUCACCACGAACUCCCAGGCCACGGCGUUUGCAAACGACGGGCUGAUGCGAUUCCUUGUGGCACAGGCCGGGACAGCUGCAGGGGUCACGUGGAAUUCCACCACCUUCAUGGAGCCGUGGAAGGUGGAUGGACUCGGCAACGCCACACAGCCAUGCAGCAGCACUUCAUCGCACCCCGCACUGUGCUACAUGUACGCCCGAUGCAAAGGGGACACCAAGUGCUUUGAUAAAUACGAAACGGCAUAUGCGUACAGAGUCGCACAUGACGAGGUCCAGGCCGUGGCGGUCGAGAUGCAGCAGGCGUACAACGCCACCACCCCUGAGGAGCACACCCUGAUGCAUCAAGUGCGGGUGUUGGAAGCCGCGCUGCGGGUCGACUCCACGACUCAACUCAACCAGCUCCGGCAAGGGCCUCUCGGCGACGUCGCGCGCCGCGGCCGAGGCCUCCAAUGCGUGUCCAGUGUCUCUUGCGGCUUUGUGCGCACCAACACGGCCAAGCUGCAGCACUACUUUUGUAAGGACACGCUUCGGUUCACCGUGCUCGCGGCUGUGGCGCUGUUCAUCGCGAGUGGGUUCUACCUGUCGUUGGCGUUGGCGACACUCAUGCUGCAGAAACGACUGCAAGGACGCGUGAAGAUGAUGUGGUGGAAGCGCCGCAGUGUGGUCGCGCGGCAGAACAAACUCAACAAACAGCGACGACGACUGGGGGUGUCGACGUCCAUCUCGUCGUCCGACCCGCCAGCAGCGGGCCCUCCACCACGCCCCGUUCGACCCAGCGGCCUCGUCAUGAUGGCACCACCGCCAAUGGAUGCGCAUGUUCCGUAGGCCAAGACGUUCUAAAUGAACCAUAAUUACACAGCCAGCCGUUUGACCAUCG